CUGAGAGAUCUAGGGAGCCCGGGGCUCUCCAGGCCGGCUCAGGCACGGACUGUAGGUGUAUUUGGAGGGAUUUGGAGGCUGGAGACCCCAGGAAGCACGCAAGCGGGAGCAGGCAAGGGGCGGAGCCCCGGGCCCGGCCAAGGUGGCCGUCAGAGGGUCUGCGGGGAGGCAGUAGCUUGACCCAAGGCGACCAGGGAACUUCAGACGGUAGCACGCGCCACUCAAACAAAUUAACUUGACAUCGCAAGCUGGGCGGGCUGGUACGACAUCCUGACUUCAGCACCCAGCUGUUCCUGGGCAGACAGAGGGCCAACAGGUGUUCCUGUGGAAGAAGCCAGGACAAGGACUCCAGAAAACAUCUCGGGCAGCCUCUACAUGAUGUCGCUUCUCGGGACUCGAGGACCAGCCACCCUACACCUCUACAACAGAGAAGGCAGAAAUGGAGACCCAAAGGCCAUCACUCCUGCUCUGUCACUAACCACUCUGUAAUCAUGUCUCCCCACCAGAAGGUGUGAACCGCACCAGGGCCGUGGAGUUCUCGGGCUCCCAAUCCACUGACACCUUUACCUGUCCCCUGAAGAGAAGGCAACGCUAUGGCAUCGUACAGCUGCUGUUUGGCCCUCUUGGCUCUUGCCUGGCACUCCUCUGCCUAUGGGCCUGACCAGCGAGCCCAAAAGAAGGGGGACAUUAUCCUAGGAGGUCUCUUUCCUAUCCAUUUUGGAGUAGCAGCCAAAGAUCAAGAUCUGAAGUCAAGACCAGAGUCUGUGGAGUGCAUUAGGUAUAACUUCCGUGGAUUCCGAUGGUUACAAGCCAUGAUAUUCGCCAUAGAGGAGAUAAACAGCAGCCCCACCCUUCUUCCCAACAUGACACUGGGAUAUAGGAUAUUUGACACCUGUAACACCGUCUCCAAGGCGCUGGAAGCCACCUUGAGUUUUGUUGCCCAGAACAAAAUCGAUUCUUUGAACCUGGACGAGUUCUGCAACUGCUCUGAGCACAUCCCUUCGACCAUUGCCGUGGUGGGAGCCACUGGCUCCGGUGUCUCCACGGCGGUAGCCAACCUGCUGGGACUUUUCUACAUCCCCCAGGUGAGCUACGCCUCCUCCAGCAGGCUCCUCAGCAAUAAGAACCAGUACAAAUCCUUCCUCCGCACCAUUCCCAAUGACGAACACCAGGCAACCGCGAUGGCCGACAUCAUCGAGUAUUUCCGCUGGAACUGGGUGGGCACAAUUGCAGCUGAUGACGACUAUGGCAGACCUGGCAUUGAGAAGUUCCGAGAGGAAGCCGAAGAGAGGGAUAUCUGCAUUGAUUUUAGCGAGCUCAUCUCCCAGUACUCUGAUGAGGAAGAGAUCCAGCAGGUGGUCGAAGUGAUCCAGAACUCUACGGCCAAGGUCAUUGUCGUUUUCUCCAGCGGCCCGGACCUAGAACCUCUCAUCAAGGAGAUUGUGCGGCGUAACAUCACAGGCAGGAUAUGGCUGGCUAGCGAGGCCUGGGCCAGUUCCUCCCUGAUUGCUAUGCCUGAGUAUUUCCAUGUAGUCGGGGGCACCAUUGGGUUCGGUCUGAAGGCUGGGCAGAUUCCAGGCUUCCGAGAAUUCCUACAGAAAGUUCAUCCCAGGAAGUCUGUCCACAAUGGUUUUGCCAAAGAGUUUUGGGAAGAAACUUUUAAUUGCCACCUCCAAGAAGGCGCAAAAGGACCUUUACCUGUGGACACCUUCGUGAGAAGUCACGAGGAAGGUGGCAACAGGUUACUCAAUAGCUCUACUGCCUUCCGACCCCUCUGCACAGGGGAUGAGAACAUCAACAGUGUGGAGACCCCUUACAUGGAUUACGAACAUUUACGGAUAUCCUACAACGUGUACUUAGCCGUCUACUCCAUUGCGCAUGCCCUGCAAGAUAUAUACACCUGCUUACCCGGAAGAGGGCUUUUCACCAACGGGUCCUGUGCAGACAUCAAGAAGGUUGAGGCCUGGCAGGUCUUGAAGCACCUACGGCACCUGAACUUCACCAACAACAUGGGGGAGCAGGUGACUUUUGAUGAGUGCGGUGAUCUGGUGGGGAACUAUUCCAUCAUCAACUGGCACCUCUCCCCAGAAGACGGCUCCAUUGUGUUCAAGGAAGUUGGGUACUACAAUGUGUAUGCCAAGAAGGGAGAAAGACUCUUCAUCAAUGAGGAGAAGAUCUUGUGGAGUGGGUUCUCCAGAGAGUCCCAAACCUCUCAUUUCUAUGUUCUCUGCCCUCAGGUGCCCUUCUCCAACUGCAGCCGGGACUGUCAGGCAGGGACCAGGAAGGGGAUCAUCGAGGGAGAGCCCACCUGCUGCUUUGAGUGUGUGGAGUGUCCUGAUGGAGAGUACAGUGGAGAGACAGAUGCGAGUGCCUGUGACAAGUGCCCGGAUGACUUCUGGUCCAAUGAGAAUCACACUUCUUGCAUUGCCAAGGAGAUUGAGUUUCUGGCGUGGACCGAGCCCUUUGGAAUCGCUCUCACUCUCUUUGCGGUGCUGGGCAUUUUCCUGACCGCCUUUGUGCUGGGUGUCUUCAUCAAGUUCCGAAACACACCCAUCGUCAAGGCCACCAACCGAGAACUGUCCUACCUCCUGCUCUUCUCCCUACUCUGCUGCUUCUCAAGCUCCUUGUUCUUCAUUGGGGAGCCCCAGGACUGGACGUGCCGCCUGCGACAGCCUGCUUUCGGCAUCAGCUUUGUGCUCUGUAUCUCAUGCAUCUUGGUGAAGACCAAUCGCGUCCUCCUGGUAUUUGAAGCCAAGAUACCCACCAGCUUCCACCGGAAGUGGUGGGGGCUCAACCUGCAGUUCCUGCUGGUUUUCCUCUGCACCUUCAUGCAGAUCCUCAUCUGCAUCAUCUGGCUCUACACGGCGCCCCCCUCUAGCUACCGCAACCAUGAGCUGGAAGACGAAAUCAUCUUCAUCACGUGCCAUGAGGGCUCACUCAUGGCGCUCGGCUCCCUGAUCGGCUAUACCUGCCUGCUGGCUGCCAUCUGCUUCUUCUUUGCCUUCAAGUCCAGGAAGUUACCAGAGAACUUCAACGAAGCCAAGUUCAUUACCUUCAGCAUGCUCAUCUUCUUCAUCGUUUGGAUCUCCUUCAUUCCAGCCUAUGCCAGCACCUACGGCAAGUUUGUCUCUGCCGUGGAGGUGAUCGCCAUUUUGGCAGCCAGCUUUGGCUUACUAGCCUGCAUCUUCUUCAACAAGGUCUACAUUAUCCUCUUCAAGCCUUCCCGGAACACCAUUGAGGAAGUCCGCUCCAGCACCGCAGCGCAUGCUUUCAAAGUAGCAGCCCGCGCCACUCUACGCCGCCCCAACAUCUCCCGGAAGCGGUCCAGCAGCCUUGGAGGCUCCACCGGCUCCAUUCCCUCCUCCUCCAUCAGCAGCAAAAGCAACAGCGAAGACCGGUUCCCGCAGCCAGAGAGGCAGAAGCAACAGCAACCGCUGGCCCUGACCCAGCAAGAACAGCAGCAGCAGCCCCUGACCCUCCACCCACAGCAACAGCAGCAGCCACAGCAGCCGAGAUGCAAACAGAAGGUCAUCUUCGGCAGUGGCACGGUCACCUUCUCUCUGAGUUUUGACGAGCCUCAGAAGAAUGCCAUGGCCCACAGGAACUCCAUGCGUCAGAACUCCCUGGAGGCCCAGAAGAGCAACGACACCUUGAGCAGACACCAGGCCCUGCUUCCCCUACAGUGUGCAGAGGCGGACUCAGAAAUGACCAUUCAGGAAACGGGCCUGCAAGGGCCCAUGGUGGGGGACCACCAGCCAGAAAUGGAAAGCUCAGAUGAAAUGUCCCCAGCGCUGGUCAUGUCCACCUCUCGGAGCUUCGUCAUUAGUGGUGGAGGUAGCUCUGUGGCGGAAAACGUAUUACACUCCUAAUGGAGGGAAAGGCUAUCCAUUUGAGAGGUUUUCUUAGAGUCCCGAGCAAAAGGAUGGGUCCUUCCUUUCUUCCCAGGAAGCCAGGGAGAGUAGGUACGUCAAAGCCUGUACUCAGUUGCACUGCUUUGAAUGACAGUGAACUGACUGGUGUGCUCUUUAGAGUUAGAAGAAGAGUCAUGUUUUGGGGUCAUCUUCCAGAGCUCAGUAUCACACCUGGGUUUGCUGAAGUCUUUUCCUCUGCUCUAUCCACCAUCAGUUCAGACGAAAGCAAGGCUCUAAGCUACCCAUCUGCUUCCCUCUUAAAAAAAAAAAAAAAAAUGCUUGCAUCCAGAAAUGCCUGCCCCAAGAUACAGAAAACAUAUCUAUGGAUAGCAUGAUCUGAAACACAGUCCAGAUACAGACCGAUGGGACAUCAGAUCUGCUACCACGAGAGUUGAGUCUGAAAGCCAGACAGUCACCGGGACUGCCUAUCACAUUGACAGUGGACAGAACUGUACAUGUUCAAGACGUCAGGCAGAUGUGUCCUCUCCUAUUUAUAAAGACCUUAAGAGGUGUGGUCUUUUUUUUAUCCUCCCUGCUGCUGCUAUUGUGUGACAUCUAUUCCAUCUGCGUCCUUCCUGUGGCAUCAUGUCUGGAUGUGUCCAGAAUCUGAAGGCAAUGCCACGUUUAGAUCUCAGGAUCAUAGCAUCACCUCUAAGCACUGGGAAAGGACUGACUAAAUUCAAUGAGCUGUAACUAAUAUUGCUGUACAUAGCUUAAUCCUUAAGAAAAUGCUUUUGUUGUAAUGGUCCAUGGGCGGUUAUAAACUGAAAAAAUGUCACAGUCUGGAUUCUAUAAGGCAGUAUUAUUGAGUUCUGUUCCCGUUCCCAUCCUGUGCCUGGUGAGCCGAGCCCAUGCAGUCCCUAUCAAGACCCCAUAGCUACAAUCACGCCCCAUGCCUCAUCCCUGAACUACGGGCUUUAUGAAGCCAAAUCCAGACCUGGCUCUUUGGAAAAUGAGCUCCCAGAAGAAAGGGUGGUUCCCAUUAAAUGCCAGGGUUCCCUCGGCAGUGAAAUUAAACGUGCUCACUGCCCACUGCUAGGAACUCAGACUCCGGACGACAGAGACCAAGGUUCAGGCUCUGGCUUGGUCACUGGCAAGAUGGGUGGUUAUAAGUAGAAAGCAUAGCCUCUUUAAGACCCAGCUCCUUAGAGUAUAAAGUAGGGAGUUACAGUUCUUUCCCCAUGGAGCUCUCAGAUGAGUUAAGUAGGCAUGC